GUGAAGCCGUUCACAACCACUGUGAAGGAAAUGCGCCUUCAUAGAGACGACUUUGAGAUGCUCAAAGUGAUCGGCAGAGGAGCCUUUGGAGAGGUUGCUGUGGUGAAGAUGAAACACACCGAGCGUGUUUACGCCAUGAAGAUCCUCAACAAGUGGGAGAUGCUGAAGAGGGCCGAGACGGCGUGUUUCCGAGAAGAGAGGAACGUCCUGGUGAAUGGAGACUGCCAGUGGAUCACCACCCUGCAUUACGCUUUCCAGGAUGACAACUACCUGUACUUGGUGAUGGAUUAUUAUGUGGGCGGUGACCUGCUGACUUUGCUUAGUAAAUUUGAAGACCGACUCCCAGAGGACAUGUCCAAGUUCUACGUGGCGGAGAUGGUGCUCGCUAUCCACUCCAUCCAUCAGCAACGCUAUGUACACAGGUGACAUGACUGUGUGUUUGUGUGUGUC